CUGGCAAGUUAUGUUCACCGGCGCCGCACACAUAAUUACAUUACGCAUACCAACUUACUACGCAGCGAAUCAAAUCCUCCCGACAAGUCCAGAUGGUUAGGGAACAACGUAAUUUUGAAUAACGACGAUAACGUAUUAUUUGGGCUCGGGCCAUCAAAUUUUUAACGGGAUAUCAAAGUUUGCACUUAAAUCAAAAUUAUGACUACACCAUCUUCAACAACAAGCCAGAAACACAAAGCGUUUUCUGGGGAGCCUAUGCGAGAUAAACCAGUCGAAGAACUUGCUGGUAUUGGUCCUGUUUUAGCUACCAGACUCAAAGAACAAGGAUUCACAAAAGCUUACAAUGUAUUAGGUCAGUUUCUACUUCUACAAAUGGAUCAAGAUUUAUUUUGUGAAUGGUUAAAAGACACAAUAAGUGCUAACUCAAAACAAUCAAAAGAUUGUUAUGGAUGUUUAAAAGCAUGGUGUGAUGAAUUUUUGUGAUAACUGUAUUUUUUUAUUAUUUAUAUAUAUCUAUAUAUAUAUAUAUAUAUAUUAUUGUAUAAAGAAUAAUAUAAAUU